GACGUGACGUCUGACGUGAUGUGAGCAUCAUGGCGGCGAGAGCGUUAGGGUCGAUUCUGCGUAAAAAUGCCGGAUUUUUCGGCGCGGGCAGGUUGCUGGCGCCGAAUAACGCACCGGCGAUCGUCAAUGUCCAACAUCGCAACGGCCAUCAAUGGAAUCCGGACGCGCAGUUUAUCGAGUCGUUCAACAAACCGUUGGUGUAUUGCGAUGAGAAGCUCGACUGGAAGCCACCGACGGAGUCCAUCCUCGCACAUCCCCCACUGGCGGAGCAAACCAUAGAGAACAUAAAGCUCAACUUUGGCCCCCAACAUCCAGCCGCUCACGGCGUACUCCGACUGAUCCUGGAGCUGGACGGUGAAAUCGUGGUCACCGCGGAUCCGCAUAUCGGUCUCCUGCAUCGCGGCACGGAGAAGCUGAUCGAAUAUAAGACCUACAUGCAAGCGUUGCCCUACUUUGAUCGCUUGGACUAUGUGUCCAUGAUGUGCAAUGAGCAGUGCUUUUCCAUGGCGAUAGAGAAGUUGCUCAACAUAGAUGUGCCUCUGCGUGCAAAGUAUAUUCGAGUUCUCUUCGCGGAACUCACGAGAAUUCUGAAUCACAUUAUGGGCAUUGGAACACACGCGUUAGACAUCGGUGCUCUCACGCCCUUUUUCUGGCUGUUCGAGGAGCGCGAGAAGCUGAUGGAGUUUUACGAGCGCGUGAGUGGCGCUCGCAUGCAUGCAGCCUAUGUACGACCCGGUGGGGUCUCGCUUGAUUUGCCGUUGGGUAUAAUGGACGACAUACACGCAUGGGCCUCGAAGUACUCGGAGCGAUUGGAUGAGGUGGAGGAUCUGCUGACGGAAAAUAGAAUCUGGCGACAGCGUACGAUCGAUAUCGGUGUUGUGUCCGCAGAGGACGCGCUCAAUUGGGGUUUCAGCGGCGUUAUGUUACGAGGUUCUGGAAUAAAGUGGGAUCUGAGAAAGGUUGCGCCUUACGACGCUUACGAUCGGGUCGAUUUUGACGUUCCAGUUGGUACGAACGGCGAUUGCUACGACAGGUAUCUAUGCCGCCUCGAGGAAAUGCGUCAGUCUCUGCGCAUCAUCCAUCAGUGUUUGAAUGACAUGCCCGAAGGCGAGGUACGAUGCGAUGACGCCAAGAUAGUGCCACCGCGGCGGGAGGAGAUGAAAACUAGCAUGGAGGCGCUUAUCCAUCACUUCAAGUUGUUCACCCAGGGUUUCCAGGUACCGCCGGGAGCAACAUAUACCGCGAUCGAAGCACCGAAGGGCGAGUUCGGUGUUUAUCUCGUGAGCGACGGUAGCAGCAAGCCAUAUCGGUGCAAGAUCAAAGCGCCGGGCUUUGCUCACUUGGCGGGUCUGCAAUAUAUAGGACCCAAGCACUUCCUCGCCGAUAUAGUUGCCAUCAUCGGUACAUUAGACGUGGUAUUUGGCGAGAUCGAUAGAUAAGUUCUUUGAUAGUCAAUAGUAAUUUAUAUAGUAUAAAUGUAUAUCUCAAAAACAAGGUAAAAUAGAAUUAUCUAUAUAUAUUAUAUAGGUAUAAAAACGCGAUACAUUUGCAUGUAUGAUAUACGUUUAUGUGUAAUCGCGCACAUGACUAGGCGGUGAGCUUAUAAAUAUUGUAUAUAUCUCGUCGCAAUAAAAAAGAAAAAUGUGACGACAAUUUA